UAUUUUGGAGUUCCAAUUGUUCGACAAAAGCUGAAGGGAAAUCUUACAGAAUUUUAGGCGAGCCAUUUCAACUCCAAGAUAGGAAAUAGCUGAUUUUCCGGAACGACGAAAGCAACAGUCUUUACAGUCAGAACUAGUCAAGGGUGCCUAAGUCCGUGUAAACGAAUGACUAAUUAUUAAAUAUGCACGCGAUCAUGAGAAGGCUUCGUCCACGCAGCAAAGAUAUGUUUUGAUCAAAACUUUGCCUGAUCAUGAGUCAUAGUUUACAUGGCGUCCACUCGACCGACUGGUCGGUCAGAUAAGAAUGUUUAAAAAGGACUCUGAAGUCAGUAUAAUCUUGGAACGACAGGAGUAACAGAUCAAGAUUUGCACACCUUCUGCAAGAACAGCGUCCAUCAACACUACACUGGCAAUGCGGGGCGCGUAUACACUCUUCCUGCUGCUGUGUGGCAGCACCUGUCUGCUUGCUUCAGUCAUACCCAAGGAAGAGAUCCUUGGCGCUGUCAGGGACUUCCAGCAGUCAGGCCAUGCCGCAGACGCCGGGCUAGAUUUCACCCACCAGGCCUCUCUAGACGAGCACGGUCGGUUCCACCUGCUGUGGAAGUUCGACAGCGAGACCAUCACGUUCGAGGCGCAUGUGCAGACCACGGGGUACAUCGGACUCGGCUUCUCACCCAAUGGGGGCAUGACCGGAUCUGACGUCAUCAUCGGAUGGGUGAAGGACGGCCAGGCCUUUAUAACGGACCGUUUUGCGGAGGGGUACUUCGAGCCGCGGCUGGACGCGCAUCAGGACGUGGAGCUGCUGUCUGGGUACGAGAACGGCACGCACACCGUCCUCAGGUUCCGCAGGAAGCUCCGCCCGUGCGACACCGCAGAGGACAGGGAGAUCACGGAAGACACCCAGCGAGUGAUCUGGUCCUUUAACGACCUGGACCCACUGGAAAAUAGCCUUGCUGGGCAGAACGGCCCACACGUGCUGUACCACGGCAGUAACCGCGGCAGUAAGAGCAUCAUCCUGCUGCAGAAGAACCCGCCAACCCUGGAUAUACAGGACAGCAACAUCCUCAGCUUCGAACUGACCAGCUCAAACGUGCUUGUUCCUGCGAAGGAGACGACAUACUGGUGUAACACCGUGCGGCUACCUAUACUGGAUAGAAAGCACCAUAUUGUCAAGAUCGAACCGAUCAUCCAGCCGGGUCACGAGGCCCUUUUUCACCACGCAGUCGUUUACCAGUGCAAGUUGGGACAAGUGCCUCCGAUGUUGGACGGGGGCCAUGAGUGUUACCAUCCCAACAUGCCGGAAGAAUGGAACCACUGCAAAUCCAUCAUGACUGCCUGGGCGAUUGGAGGGAAGGGCUUCACUUAUCCAAACCACGUGGGCUUCUCGCUUGGUACAGACGAUGAUCCAGAUUACGUCAUGUUGGAAAUGCACUAUGACAACCCAGAUCGGAUCAGUGGACAACGGGACAGUUCCGGACUGAGGUUCUACUACACACCCAUAGUGAGGAUGUAUGACGCUGGUAUACUUGACAUCGGAGUGAACUCCUACGCUACACACGUCAUCCCUCCGCGGGCAGAGAGUUUCGACAGCACCGGCUUCUGCUUCGGUCUAGAUCCGUACCUGCAGGAGCUGGGCAGUCCCAUCAAAGUGUUCGCCUCCAUGCCCCACGCUCAUCUGGCCGGGACCGCCGUACGAACUAAGCUGGUGAGAAACGGCGUGUUCCAGUCGUAUGUCGGACGGGACGAGACGUACGACUUCGAUCUACAGGAGAUCCGACUCCUCGAUCCGGAGGUCAUGGUACAAGAGGGUGACCAACUCAUCACUGAAUGCACCUACAAGACCACCGAUAGGACACAGGCUACUAUUGGAGGAUUGAGUUCCCGAGAAGAGAUGUGCAUCAACUUCAUUCAGUACUACCCGCGGAUGAAACUGACCAGGUGUUACUCCGGCUUGGACAUCAAUCAACAGGCACCUUUCUUCGGUGUCUACUAUGCCGGCUGGGAGUAUCCGUUCCCGAUCUACUACCCGGACAGCAUGGUUAACCAGACCCUGAUUGACGUCAUCAACCAGCAUCCAUGGACCAAUGAGGAGGCUGAACGUUUCGAACAAUACGUUCGUAAUACUCAAGUGUUCUCAUACACUGUACCGGAAGUGAAUGAUUACCAGCUGAUUGACCAGCCUGCUGACCCCACCAUGCCGAAUGACAACUCCGUCUCCAUCCCAGGGUGCUGAUGAUGUCGUCGUUCCCAGGACACAAAGAAAUCACGACGCCAUCGAUUUUCUUUAUCAAUAAAGUAGCUAGAGCAUGA